AUGUCGAGGUUCUUUGUAUCGGGAUAUAGUUCAGAGUCAUCUUCUGAAGAGGAGGAUUUGGUGAGUAGUUCUGAGGAAGAGUUGUUAUCUUCUUCUGCUGAACAAUCCGAGGAUGACUUUUUUGAUGAUGAUGAGGAAAGUAGUUCAGAUGAUGAGGAUGGGCGUCCAACUGGACCGGCUUACUUUUUGAAAAAAUCCUUUUUGAAAGGUGAUGAAUCGGAAUCUGAAAGUGAUGACGAGGGAAGGAAAGUGGUUAAGAGUGCCAAAGAUAAAUUAUUGGAUGAUAUGAAAGCAUCAAUUGAGAUUAUUAAUGUCAACAAAAGAGGUAACAAUUGGAUCACCGUAUUGAGUGAGUUUGAAAAAUUGGGUAGAUUUUUGAACAGAGCUAAUCAGCAAAGAUUUGGAACUCCAAAGUUUUACAUUAAAUUAUUGUCAAGUUUGGAUGACUCAAUUACGGAGACUGCAAACAACGAAAGGGAUGACAAGACAAUGAAAGCAGAUGAAGCAAGAGCUUUUAACACUUUGAGACAAAGAGUUAAGAAACAAAUCAAGGAGUUUCAAGUGUAUUUCGACUUGUACAAAGAUGUUCCAGAAAACUUUGAUAAUGAAGACGAGCCUUUAGAUAUGGCCACCAGAGUUGAAGAAAAACAAGACGAAGGUAAGAAGUUGAGUCCAGUUUUCCAAACCUUGAAGCAAAUCAGUGAGAGUAGGGGUAAGAAGAAUAUUGACAGAACUGAGCAAAUCUCAAGCUUGGAAAGUUUGAUUACUGAUAAAUUGAGCACAUUUGAGCUUAUUUCAAUUUACCAAAUGUUGUUAUCUAUCAGGUUUGAUGCUUCAUCUACCCAGUUUAUGCCAAUUCAAGAUUGGCAGAAAAACUGUGAAGAUAUACAUAAGUUGUUGGAUAUUUUAUUUGCAUCAAAGGAGUAUCAAGUUAGUGAAACCGGUCAAACAACUGACGAGAUUGACAUAGAACCAACCCCAGUCAAUGGAGUCAAAGUUAUCUUUGGGUCAAUUACAUCAUUGAUUGACAGAUUGGAUGAUGAAUUUACCAAGUCUUUGCAAAACACAGACCCCCACUCUUUGGAUUACAUUGAGAGAUUGAAGGAUGAAAGUAGGAUCUAUAAUUUGAUUGUCAGAGGUCAAUCUUAUAUUGAAUCCAUCAAUCCUUCACUUGAUAGCGAGCAAUUGGCUAGGAUUGUUUUGAGAAGAUUAGAACAUAUUUACUACAAACCAACUCAAUUGAUUCAAGGAAACGAAGUUGAGACUAAGAUUGGUAAAGGUGAUGCAAAUGAAAUAAUCGAUUCAUUAAGUGAAUUUUUGCAAAAGAGUGCCAAUAAGCUUUAUGCACAACUUGCGAUGCUUUAUUCCAUAUACUAUUAUGCUGUUAACAACAACUACAACAAAGCCAGAGAGCUUUUUUUCGCAUCUCAAAUUUACAAAAGCAUAAAUUCUGCUGAAUCAACAUUACAAGUUCAAUAUAACAGAGCUUUAGUUCAAUUGGGAUUGAGUGCUUUUAGAGUUGGUGCUAUUGAAGAAUCUCACAAAAUCUUGACUGAAAUUAUCAACUCACAAAGAUCAAAAGAAUUGCUUGGGCAAGGUUUCAGCACCAAAUUCCCUAGUCAAGCUACUGUUGCCGAAAAACAAAAGUUGUUGCCAUUCCACCAACAUAUCAACUUAGAAUUGUUGGAGUGUGUUUACAUGACAUGCUCUUUGUUAAUCGAAAUACCUGCUUUGGCUGCUGCUUCAACAACAAAAGACAAGCGUAAAAACUCAUCAGUUAAAUCAUUCAAAAGUAAGCUUGAGUUCCACGAUAGACAAUUCUUUACCGGACCUCCUGAAAGUAUCAAGGAUCACAUUGUGCAUGCUUCACUUGCUUUACAAAAGGGUAAUUGGUCAAAAGCUUAUGACUUGUUGGCGUCAAUAAAAAUUUGGAGGUUGUUUCCUGACACUGAGGACUUAUUGGCAAUGAUGAGGAACCAACUUCAAAUUGAAGGUUUGAGAACCUACAUCUUCACUUACAAAUCAGUGUACAGCAAAUUGUCUAUUGCUAAAUUGAGCACAAUUUUUGCUUUACCUGAAGAAAAGAUUACCGAGAUUGUCACCAAGAUGGGUGAGCUAGUUGAACACGGUUACAUCAACUUUUCAACUGCAGCAAACAGAUCCAAGUUGCAAGAAUUAGCCAUAUUGAUGAAUGAAAAAAUACAGUUGCUUACAGACAAGAAUGAAAAGACAUCUGCCAGUGGUCAUGGUAAGAAACAACAGCCUCAACAAACCACUCAACAACCUCAACAAACUCAACCAGAGGAAAACAGGUUCAGAAUUGCUAACGUUAAUAUCAACAACGAUGAGUUUCAAAUAACUGCAUAA